AUGGGAAAAACGCAAAUAUGGGAAAAACGCAAAUAUGGGAAAAACGCAAAUAUGGGAAAAACGCAAAUAUGGGAAAAACGCAAAUAUGGGAAAAACCCAAAUAUGGGAAAAACGCAAAUAUGGGAAAAACGCAAAUAUGGGAAAAACGCAAAUAUGGGAAAAACGCAAAAAUGGGAAAAACGCAAAUAUGGGAAAAACGCAAAUAUGGGGCAAACGCAAAUAUGGGGCAAACGCAAAUAUGGGGCAAACGCAAAAAUGGGAAAAACGCAAAUAUGGGAAAAACGCAAAUAUGGGAAAAACGCAAAUAUGGGAAAAACGCAAAUAUGGGAGAAACGCAAAUAUGGGAAAAAAUGCAAGUAUGAGGAAAAACGCAAUUAUGGGGAAAAACGCAAUUAUGGGGAAAAACGCAAAUAUGGGAAAAACGCAAAUAUGGGAAAAACGCAAAUAUGGGAAAAACGCAAAUAUGGAAAAACGCAAAUAUGGGAAAACCGCAAAUAUGGGAAAAAACGCAAAUAUGGGAAAAAACGCAAAUGUGGGAAAAUUACAGAUAUGGGACAACUGCAAAUAUGGGAAAAAAGCAAAUAUGGGAAAAACGCAAAUAUGGGAAAAACGCAAAUACGGGAAAAACGCAAAUACGGGAAAAACGCAAAUACGGGAAAAACGCAAAUAUGGGAAAAAUGCAGGUAUGGGAAAAAAUGCAGGUAUGGGAAAAAUGCAGAUAUGGGAAAAACGCAGAUAUGGGAAAAACGCAGAGAUGGGAAAAAGCAGAGAUGGGAAAAAUUCAGAUAUGGGAAAAACGCAGAUAUGGGAAAAACGCAGAUAUGGGACAAACGCAGAUAA